AUGGAGGCUCUGUGUGUGAGCGGAUUACAUGGGGAUGUCACCGCACAAAUCGAAUCUUUGGAGGAAACAAAGACCGCCAUUCGCCAGUGUAUUCAUGUCGUCUCCGAUGCCGACGAGACUGUGCGAGAGGAGAGACGCAAUGUUUUUGCGGACAUCACCAUGGCCGACGACAGCUACGCUUUCUCUGUGUCCACUGUCGGAGAUUUAGUGACCGCGAGAGGAUUCCAUUUUAGCGGACGUGCCCGUCAUGUUGGUGGGCAGAUCAGCGAUGAAAGCUAUCAAAUGACCAUUGACGCACUUACGAAAUUGGACCUUGCGCACUCUGGACAGACCGUU